AUGUCAGUAUUGAUUCCACUUGUAACAGUAGAUGGUAGAGAUUCUGUCCUUCUGACAAAACGAUCAAUUCAUCUUCGAUCACAUCGCGGAGAAGUAUGUUUUCCUGGAGGACGGAAGGAGCCAGGGGAAACAACAACAGAAACUGCAUUGCGAGAAACAUUCGAAGAAAUCGGACUGGAUUCAAAAAAUGUCGAAAUUUGGGGUAAUUUGAAAAGUGUUAUCCGAAGACAAGCUGAUUUCAUUGUAACACCAAUAGUCGGACAUAUAACAGACGAAUCAAUUCUUGAUAGACUGAUAGUUAAAUCUGAUGAAGUUCAGUCAGUAUUUACGAUUCCAAUUGAUGAACUGGCCAGAAACGCGAGCCUGACCAAAUUUAACAGCAAGAAGAUGAAGUAUACUUUGCCGACUUUCGAUUCGACUGAUUUCAAAGUUCAUCAUAAUGCAUCGGGAGAAUAUCUCCACUCUACUCAACGUGUUUGGGGGUUGUCAGCCGUUAUGCUACAUCAAGCAUUAACUCUUUUGAAUCCCGAAGUUUAUAAACACGAUUUGAUCGUCAAAUUUUUUUAA